AUGGCAUCAGUGAGUUUUUUUUUUCGCUCAUCGAUCGGCGUCAUGGCAACCAUUUGUGUCAUCGGAGCGUUACUUACAAAGUUCAAGAACGGAAAAUGGAGCCGUUAUCAUUCUGUUUAUCAGUGAAAUGUUGUGUUCAUGUUUGGAAAAGGCAGGGGCAGUGUGCGGAAAAAGUAUCGAUUUCGCUGCCCGAGCGCAACGCACCGAAACAAAAAAAAACCUGCAAAAGUGUAGUCGAUUCACAGCGGCGUGCUCUUUUUUUUUUAAAGGGAUGACUGGCUCUGUGGGAGUGCAGGAUUAAUUAUAUUUCAUCCACCGCUGGAUAGAAAAAAUUUCAGUAGUUUCGAAGUUUCACUUAACCUAGCAGUGAGUAAAAAGUGGCGCCAAGAUGUCUCAAGAUUUUUUCUAACGCUGUAAGAAGUUGCUUCUUUGCAGCAAUAUCCUGGCGGUUCAGGACCGCCUUCUCAAAUGCCUGGUCCUUCAAGGCUGACACAGGUAGCUUAAAUUUUCUCAAAAGUUCAUGCCAACCAUUUCACAGGUGAUCAAAGACACAGCUGAAGUGAGGAUCAUCGAGACGGCUAUAGACGCCAGAUACCAAGUUCCUCUGGCACUUCCAACGGUACUUUUUCCCAUUGUGAAAAUUGAAUGCUGAUUAAAUAAUUCUCAGAAGGUCGGCAUUCCUGAACGUCACCAUCCAAUUUCUUCCCACACGAUCCGCGAAGAUGUCAGGAUAACUGAAACUCGGCUAGACAACAGCAUGCAGCAGAGCCACAACCCCGUAUUUGCAUAUCCGGUAAGAAAGAAAAAAAUUGCUGAAAAAAAAAACAAAACGUGACUUGUGCCGAUAAUCGUAGGGUGCCGUGGGAACGCUUGAUAGCAUUUUUCUGCUUUCAAAUGGCCAUAAAAGUGCACGCCACUGUUGGCUCGUUCACAAGAUGUCCAACCCUUCAGACUUUUUUUCGUUUUGGAAAUUUCGUUAUCACAGUUCUUUCCAGGCAACUUGGUGAUCUGUCUUAGAUGUUGCUUGGAAAGAAUUUUGAAAAAUACUAGUUAUUUUUCUGAAAUCGCUUCCGUAGUUCAUUGUUAAAGAUGCGCAAAAAUAUUCCGUUGAGAUUUCCAAAACUUCACGAAGAAGAACUUUAAUACUCCUCGAUUUUAUAUCUGUUAGAAAAAAAAAAACGUUUCUUCAAAUUAAAUUUUGACGCUUUAUAGGAAAAACUGCUUCCCACAGUAGAAAAAAAAACGCGUUUUAAAGCAUUACAACCGUACUGAAAAGAUUAAAGGCGCAUAUUUUUUUUCUUUCUGAAGGCUGGAUGUCAUAAAUACCAUGAGUUUCAUCCAACAAUUGAUCUGAAACCUUUCGCCUGUUUUAGUUUUCCUUUCAGCAGUAAUUUGAUUCUAUCGUGCUGCUGCGGGGGCGUAAUCAAUUUAUUAUUUUUGAAACCGCAAAGUGAAGCCUCACAAAUUGCCGCACAAUCCAAAAAAAAAACGUUUUGCGUUGAAUUUAUUCGUAGAGCUUUUUCGUUAGAGGCUGAGUGGAGGAAUUUUCCAAGACGCAAAAAUCUUUGUUCAUUGAUAUUUUUUCACAUUUUUCCAUGCGUCUUAUGAUGUUCAAAAACAGUCAUGAAAUUCUUCGAGAGACGAAAAAUUUCUGCGAGAAACCAAAAAAUAUUGAUUCUAUCAAUGGAUUGCCACGCCCCUUCGAAUUCCCUCAAAUCGUUUUUUGUUGUCCACAUCAGCGCAGCGCAACGUUAUAAAGUUUCAAGGCGCGAGGAUUUCUUGCCUGGCAACAAUUUUUAUACUGUUACAGUCAUUUCAGACAUUGUCAUCAUAGAACUCGAUAGAGCUAUUUCCGAAGCUUCAUUUAUUGAAAUUCAGCAUGGAGCCCUAACUCAACAACUAACACAACAGCAACAUCUUUACCCGGUGAAAACUCAACCUUUGUUCCCAGUGCACACUUUCGUUUCGACUCCCGUGGUUCCCAACGAACUUGUGAGUCUCUUCCUGGAGAAAUUAUGCACAAGGACUAUUUCUAGAUUCAGCCACAAGUUGGAGCUCGACCAAAGAAAACGUACAACAGGCGAAGGUAAUUCAUCAAAAGGAUGAUGACAUCAUUGAAAUGAACGAUUUUCCAGUCAAAGCGCUUACAAACCGCCUAAGAUCCCUCCUGAGAUGAUAAUCGGAGAAGAAGGACUGACCGUCAAACAACACCUUCAACAGCAACAAAGACAGGUAGAUUCCAAGAAAUAAGGGGAUGUAGACGUCAAUGAGAUGAUUACAGGCCAAGCAGAGAGAACUCGAAUUGAAACGGGAAAGAGAAGCGGCUGCUGCUCUGGCCGCACGUCUUCAGUAAGGAUGCAUUUCUUUUCAUAAGUCAAAAUAAAAGAAGAUGUUUUUCUGAACGCAUUUCACAAACAUUAAUUCCACAAACAAGUACAGUAAAGCGCAAUAAAAUAUCAAGAGCGGUCGGGCUCGACGGGUUAAAUGAAUGCCUUCUUUUAUUCCUCACAAAGUUAACUCGAUAAACUUGCAGAGCGAGUGAUAAAAUGCCGGUUACCUUGGCACCAACAUCGCAGAGAGGCUCAAAGAAGACUCCCACGUCUACAAAAAAUCAGUCGCCGCCUCAGCCCGUGCAGCCGAAAAUUUCGGCAAUUCCAAACAUCAACGUUGCUGCGGCUCCGGCUGUGAUGGAUCCUCCGAUUCCUCAAGCCCCUAUGCAGAUUCCCUUGAUCACUGUCACACCACCACCAGCACCUCAUCAAGACCAACAAGUCGUUGUCAAAUCUUUACCAGCAUACAAGGCGCCACUGACUCCGGCUCCGAGACUUCAAAAUUCCCUGUUACGUCAUAGUCCUGAAAUCCAGCGCCAUGCAACCUCUCUUGUUGAACGUCUCGUCGACGCCCAGCAUCAGAUCCAAGACUACCAACGCGCCAAAAUCCUGCCGGCAAACAGCGGCGCCGGUCCUUCCUCUCAAUCUGGCUCGUCUUCUGGCGCUGGUCCCAGCUCGAGCUCAAGUACGACAACCAGUCAGGAGUCGCUCAACAACAUUCUGAGCACCAUCGAGGCUGUCGCACGACGGGGAAAGCAGCCACUUCCUAAGCAUCCUCCCAAGAAACGCUCGGCUCCUAAAGAGGUAGAAUUUAGAUCAAAAUUUCUAGUUUUUCAGACAUUUCAAAAAGUCCUCUGACACUUCAAAAGCAGCAAUUAUUUUUGGUUCUUAUAGUUUGAAUUCAUUCUCCAAGAGCCACUGAAAAAAAUUCCCUAUCGAAAAAAAUUUUCAAAUCGAAAAAAAUUUGGAGAUUUUUUUAAAAAUUUCUAGUCUCUCCUCCAUUUUUUUAGUGAUUUAUCUUGAAAUUGAGAAAAUAAUGCAUCAAAAAAAUAUUUUUUUCCAAUCUCGAAGCUUUCUCGUUUUGUUUGUGUCGAUUUUUUUGGCCUAAAGCUUGCAAAAACCAAGAAAAAAACUUUUUUUCCUUCUGUUUUUGUAUUAUUAUAACCGUGUGGGACACGUUGCAAAUUUAAUAUAAUUAUCUUUGAAAAAAUUGCAAACACCUUUAUUUAGAAAUACCAAUAAUUUUUUUGUUUGUGAUUUUCUGGUCUCGAGUUUGCAGAAAAAAAAUACGUAAACAUUUUUUUUUCUUGUGCGUCAUCCAAUUAAACCGUGUGAAACACGUGGAAACCUUUUAUAUUCAUAUCCCGUGAGAAAAUUCGAAAAUGUUUUUGAAAGAAAUUUCCUUUUUAGAAGUACGUGCCACCCAAUGCCACUCAAAUCGUCUCGAGUGUUCCAGUAGAACAGCACCGCUUGCAGCAGGUUUCCCACUAUACUUUUCUCGGCAUGAAAUAACUUUUUCUUUAUCAUUUCCAGCAAGCUCAGAGGCCUCCGCCUCCGAGAGCCUACAACAACGCGCGGACUAAACAAUUGUGUGAGCAAGAGAAGAAAAUGCUCGAUAUGUUGAAACUGAAAGAACCAAAGGUUUUCGAUUUUCCUCAAGUUUUUAAUGUAUACCAUUCUUUAGCUUCCACCUCCUCUCCCUCGCCAGAGUCAGACUUUUGAUAGCGUCGUCGAGCGAAAGGAGCAUCAGCAGAAGCUGGAAGCGCCAAGAAAGCGCCCACCAGCUAAUCUUAAAAUGCUGACGAAAAAAGUUCCUGUCCCUGUAACUCCUGCUCCACCUCCACCUAUGACCAAUCCGGACUCAGUUUUCAAAGUUCCUGAUGCUGACGCCUUCCGCCGCGGGAAGGCACGGAAAUCUCACCAAAGAGUAAGGUUUUGAUAAACAAACAAUUUUUCUGCACUUCUUCAGCGUUGAGAGAUUAUUCAUUUCAAUUUUACAGCCUGCGUCUGACUUACUCGCUGAACAGGAGCGUUUGGCUCUGAUCCAAAUUCAAGAGAUGGGAGACAAUCUUGAUGCUCUGCUGGAAUGGUUCCACGCCGGACUGGAAAGUGCCAAUCUCGUGUCUGAUGAAAUGGAUUUGUUGACGGGUUUGAUCACUGGCAAUCUUCUUGGCCUGGGCUUUACCAUGGAAGAACUCAUGGCAAAUGUGAGUUUUACAUUUUUCUUAUAAAUGCUCAAUUACUAUUUUUUUUUCUAGGAGAGGGACGAGGUUGACGACGACUUUGAACCUGAUCCGGAGGUGGUCUCUUCGUUCGUUGGAAACGUAGUGGGAGAGAAACAUGAAAUUUCCUUGGAUUUGGAGAAUCCUGAAGCUCCUGCGGAGGAAGAACAAACCGAGCCGCAGACUGAAGAAGCUUCUUGGGUUCCCCCUCAGCAAGUUGCUGAUUUUUCUCAGCCAGCUCCAGGAUACAUGGACAGCAACCCGGUGUACUAUUCCCAGCAAAACGAGUGGUCCAAUCAGAGUUAUCACUACCAAGUGCCUGCUGACUAUAACGGCUCAGGGUUUCAAGAGCAAAUGGUUCAACAGACUCCUCAGCCAUGCAACUAUGCCAGUACUCAGAAUCUUGAGCCCUAUCCUCAAAGUGCUCAAGUUUUCGAACCAAAACAGGCGCCAGUGAAUGACUCGGACAUUGGAAUUGAGACGGACAUCAUUUCUCUCUUUGAGACGCCGAAGGACACGUCUUAUCUGUCUCCUGAAGAGCAGCAGCAGCAUUUUGAAAAGAUUCGUGAAUGUCAAUUGGCCGACGAGAUCAUGGCGCAGUACCAAAACAAGCUGAAGGAACAGGAUGCAAAAUCACCCAACGUCUCGUCACCUGGAAAUUUCGGAGCUCUGAACCAAAACCUUGACGUCAACACUGGGGUGUGGGAUCAGGUGACAUCAUCAAAGAAAACGCCAGAGUCGUCUUGUUCCGAGCUGGCUGACUGGGAGAAAAAGCAGCUGGAACGUUUCUUGGAGGUCGAUCCUGAAUACGCUCAAUGCUCCCCACAACCUCAGCCUCCGGCUCAACAGAACUUCCAACCGAAUCUUCAACAAGCCCAAGAGAAUCAGUACGACCAGCAGGCUUUCAUGCAGCCGCAGAUCCAACAGCAAGCGUCGCUUACUCCUCAAGAAAUCGAGCAAAUGACCAUGGAACAGUUCUACAAUCACAUCCAGCAACAGUUCCCGACGAUAAACGCUGAAAUGAAUGCAGACAUCACCGCCGAGCAGCUCUUCGGGCCAAUUGAGCCAGAACCGCAAGAAACACCUAAGGACCAAGCGGAAAUGGUGAGCUUUUGCUUUGAAACUCUAAAAAUGAAUCUUUCCAGGAUGCAAUCAAGCAGAAUACAACCACUGAGAUAGACGCCUUUAUGAUGGGUUCGGAUGGAGGAUCUUCGCCUACCAACUUGAAGAAUGACCCGAUUCUGGCUGAUGUCGCCUUGGAAGACCUACGUCUCGAUGUGAGACUGUAUUAUAAAAAUUAUCUCAAAAAUUUUUUACAGUCGGAUGUUCUUGGAAACUGCGAGAUUUUCUUUGACAACCUGGAUUUGGACGCUUUGGAGAAAGAUGACGCAAAGGCUGCGAAGGUGGGUGGUUUACGAAAAGAUGAAAAUCAGUAUCAAAACAAUGAAAAAGGAAACUCGGAGUCUGAAAUUUUACGCAAAUUUUUCGAAUCUAACAAGUUUCCAUUUAAAUUUUAGUUACAUUCCGUUAAGCUUUGUUUUUCAGGAAGCCAUUUUGCAAGGCGGUACCAGUUCGUUGGUUGAUCCCAUGAUGGAGCCUUUCCCUAUAGAAGCUCAAAGAAUUCUCAAAGAACUCUGCCAGGAAACUCAAGCACCUCCGGAGCCUCAGGCAAACAUCCCACAAGAAAAGUUCCUACAGGAAAACGUCCCAGAGGAAAAUGUCCUAGUGGAAAAUGUCCCAGUGGAAAAUGUCCCAGUGGAAAAUGUCCCAGUGGAAAAUGUCCCAGAGAAAACUUUCACAGAGGAAAACUUCUCACAGGAAAACUUCCCAGAGGAAAACUACCCGGAGGAAAACUUCCCAGAGGAAGACUCUACACCAGAAGACUUUCCACCGGAAAACUUCCCUUUUACGGACGAUCUACAGAAUUUGACACCCGAAGAAGAAGAGCAAAUGUUGUUGGCUCAGCAGCAAGAAGACUAUGAACGAGAAUUGGAAGAAAGUCAGCACUACCUGGGUCUUCAGUUUGAACAUGAGGAGGAAAACUUCUUGGGCGGCUUUGAGAUGGAUGAUGAGACCGCUGCGGAAUUCGCCAUGUUCGGUGGUGCGGCCAUGCAAGGAAUUCCACCGGAGCUUCUCGAAGAACUCGAAGGAGAAGACUUUGACCCAUCGAAUAUUUCCCCAGAACUCGCGUUGCUGCUCGAGAACGAAGCGUUGCUGAAUCUGCAGGACUCGGAGGAGGCUGCCGCGAUUACCGAUGAGUAUAUUGAGCGUCGCUACCAAGAAAUUGCUGAUGAGCUCAAUCAACUUCCCCCGGAGGAAGCGGCGGCUCAACUGGAUGUAUUUUGAAACUUAAAUGAAAAAAAAAAACAAUUUGACUUCAGAAACUUCGUGACACCGUUGAAGCAGACCGCGAAGAGGAAUACGCGGCAAAAUUGAAAGAAUUGAAGAGCAACAUGAAGUCGAUGGUUUAUGUAAGUAAAAAACAUAUACUUUUCCUUUAUUUUCUCUCCAAACUUUCAGGCCAACGCUGCACUUUUGGACGAAGUUUCUCGCCUACAACAGCGCAUUAACGUCUGCACCGAAGAGCGAAAGUGAUACUCAAUUUUUUUCUUUUCUUAAUUUGAAAAAAACAUUCAGAAUUCUUUCUCGUCGAAUGUGUCACCAUUACCGCAAUUACAUCCGCCGCCUUCAAACUGCAAAACGACGUAGAAUGGAAACCGCGAAGAGAAUGCGAGAAGAGCUUCUGCUGGCCAAUAGUGACGCUGAGAAGGUCGAAAUCAAAAAGAAGUACCGAAAUCAGAUGAAAGAGGUGAAAUUUGCUUUUUUGCAACUUUUCUAACAGAUCUAUUUUUUUCAGUUCAAAAUGCCAACAUUGAUCCUGAGAAAAGAAUUCAAGAACAGGUUGAAGCUCAACAUGGAAAAUCCUCUGGAGGCCCGUCGAAGGGUUAUCAUGGCUGCACUCAACAAGACCAAGACCCCGGCUAACGUAAGUUUCUUCUCAACCAUAGGCGAAACUGACAAACAUUUUUUUUCAGAGACGCAGAGGCCGUCCUUGUGUCAUGCGCAGGUCGAGAAAGAAGCCGGCAAAGCCCAGAAAGCCUCCAGUCGCCUUGGCAAAAGGCCCCAAGAAACAGACAGUCUCCAACAGAAAGAAAAAGGUGUCUUUUGACGCUUUCUUGUUCGAAGACAUGUUCCAAAAGAAAAACACGUCGUUGGACCGUGGCGUACGCGCCGCUGCACGAGAAGCUCGGUCUUCUGGUCUUGUCGUUACUCCGCCAAAGCCGGCAGCUCCAGUCGUUCCUUCUGAGCCUGUAUUUGCUGUGCCUACUCUGCCAGCCACCAAAAGCAAGCAUCCGAUCUCUCCGAAAGCCGUCCUUCUCAAAAAGAACCUUGCAAAAGCAGCAGCAGUCACGGAAGAGCAGAAACUCGAACCUCAGCCGCAGAAAACGAAAUCUGUCAAGAGGAAACUAAAAUUCGACUCCGAAGUUCCUUCGACCUCGGGUUUGAAGAAGAAGAAAGUAGACGUUAAGAAAGAGACUCCAAAAACUAAAAUAGUGAAGGAAGAAUCCAACAUUCCUCCAGAGAAGCCAGAAGAAGAAUCGAAAGAUUCCGAAGUACCUCCCGCUAAGAAGAAACCUGCACGAAAACGUCAAGGAGCGAAGAUUCCUGCCAAGGCUCAGCCAGCAAAGAAAAAACUGCGGAAAUCGGUUCAAGCAGUAGAAGAGCCGCCGAAAGAAGUGCCGGAAAAGAUGUCCGAAGAACCAAAAGAACAACCAGAAGAGGAACAAAAAGUGGAACCUGUAGUGCUCCCACCUCCCAAGGCAAAGAGAGGCCGCAAACCUGCUCUCCAGAGAAAAGAAGGCGAUCCGCUCCCCGUGAGUUUCUUUCAUGAGUAUUUUGAAGUAAUUUUUUUUAUUACAGAAGCGUGGACGCCCUGUAAAAACCACGCGCGCUCGUCCAAUCAAAAAAGCCGUUAAAGUGCAGGAAACCGUCGAGAGUGUCGAGGUUGAAGCAAAGCUUGAAGUCGAGCCCGAAGUCGAGGCCGGAGUCGCGGCUGAAGUUGAAGCCGUAGUGGAGCCUGUUCCUGAGCCUUCGAAACCAGAAGAGACAGAACCAAAGUUUGAGGUGGCUUCCGAAGUUGGAAAGAAAGUACCUGGAAAGGUUAAUCAAAGAGGUUAUGAUUGGAUAUAAACUUUGAUUAUUUUCAGCGCGGUCGAAAGAAGAAGUUGCCAGUUCUUCUCAAAUCUAAAGAGCUCACUCUUGAGCCGUUUGUAGUGGUAGAGGUAUAACUUUUAGGGUUUCUUCAUUGUUUUCAAUGGGCAAAAUUGUAGGAACCUUCCCCAACACGAAGGACACCGAACAAAUCGGCCGAAAAAUCCUCUCCGUAAGUUUUAAACAGGAAAUUUGACUUCACAAAGGCCAUUUUCAGGACGAAGGCGGCUUCAGGACGUCGUGACGCUCGGAAGGCCACUCGAGAUCGCCGAGGACCGGCAGCGGCUCCUCGCGAAUCUCUCAAUCGAACCGCCAAAAGAAGGCUUCUGUAA